AAGGGUUGGUUCGGUUGUUGACUUGGAUUUGGUUGGAUAUCAGUGGUCUGCAAAAGCAACACACUUGUGUCGCUGUGUGCGUGAGGAGGACGAGGUGUUCCAAAUUUCCGUGUGAGCAAGUACGAUUUCGGUUGGUUAUUUUUAAGAUCGGCACCGGCGUUUCCUGUUAUGACUCAUAAGUUACUUAUUUUUUACAUUCACCAAUAAGUGUAAUUUUCUGAACAAUGCCUGUUAUCUUACUGGAAAGGCUUCCACUUCCUAGCCUCAAAGCUUACACAGUUAUCAGUGCUGUAUUAUUAUCUUGUUCCGUAUAUUAUGCUGUUCAUGUGACAAGUGAUCCAAGCUGGAAAAACAAUUCAACAUCAAUUAUUAACAUCGAAACAUUAGAAGCCGUUAAAAAUGAUUCUUAUGAUGUCGUGGGUGGGUUAUCUAAGAAACUGUCAUCCCUUGGCGUUUUUAUUACUGACAUUGUGACAUUUAUGAUUCAAGAGCCGUUAUGUAUUUGGACACUGAUCAACACGGCGUACUGCACACUGAUCCUGCUGGGCAAGUUCAUUCAGCGGUUGGUGUUUGGAGAGCUCAGGGUUUCCGAGCAACAACAUCUCAAGGAUAAAUUCUGGAACUUUGUGUUCUACAAGUUCAUCUUUGUGUUCGGAGUGAUCAACGUUCAGUACAUGGACGAGGUGGUGAUGUGGUGUGCCUGGUUCAGUGUGCUCGGCUCGCUACACCUGCUGGCACAGCUGUGCAAGGAUCGCUUUGAAUACUUGUCGUUCUCACCGACUACCCCAGGCUGGUCACACCUGCGACUAGUCGUGUUGCUGGCUUGCAUCCUCUGCUUGUCUGGUAUCAUGUUCCUCAUCUGCGUGGCAGUCGGCUUACUCUACGCUGGCCUCAACACUUUCGCCUUCAUGGCUGCUGAGUGUGUCCUGUUGUCGGUGCGUACGCUUCACACGUUGCUGCGCUACGCUCUGCAUGUGUACGAUGUGCGCGGUGGCGGCGGCCGUGUCUGGGAAAAGCGCGGAGCUCUCGCAUACUACACUGAGUUGGUGUUUGAGCUGGGUGCGCUCUUCAUAGAACUGCUGCACCACGUCCACAUGCUGCUCUGGAGCAACAUCUUUCUGUCCAUGGCAUCUCUGGUCAUCUGCAUGCAUCUGCGCUACCUCUUGCACGAGAUACAGCGGCGGGUCAAGAAACACCGCAACUACCUGUGGGUCCUCUAUCACAUGGAGCAGAGUUAUCCGAUGGCUUCCAAUACGGAGCUGGCUGAAAACUCUGACAACUGUGCCAUCUGCUGGGAGAAAAUGGAGUCAGCUCGCAAACUGCCCUGCACUCAUCUUUUCCACAAGUGAGUAGUGCUGUGUGUA